AUGACCGGGUUUGCACCUCUGGAUGCUCCCGUCACAAAUGGGUCGACGGAUAAAAAGCGCAUCGCCUACUUCUACGACUCCGAUGUGGGCAAUUAUGCAUAUGUCGCCGGACACCCCAUGAAGCCCCAUCGCAUCAGAAUGACCCACAGCUUGGUGAUGAACUAUGGACUCUAUAAAAAGAUGGAGAUAUACCGCGCAAAACCCGCGAGCAAAUUCGAGAUGACGCAGUUUCAUACCGACGAGUACAUAGACUUCCUCGCCAAAGUUACCCCUGAUAAUAUGGACCAGUACGCAAAGGAGCAGAGCCGUUAUAACGUGGGUGAUGAUUGCCCUGUGUUUGAUGGACUUUUUGAGUUCUGUGGAAUCAGCGCAGGAGGCUCUAUGGAAGGUGCUGCGCGCCUUAACAGAAAUAAGUGCGAUAUUGCAGUCAACUGGGCUGGCGGUCUUCAUCAUGCAAAGAAAAGCGAAGCAAGUGGUUUCUGCUACGUUAACGACAUUGUUCUCGGAAUUCUCGAACUUCUGCGUUUCAAGCAGCGCGUCCUUUAUAUUGAUAUUGACGUCCAUCAUGGUGAUGGUGUCGAGGAGGCUUUUUAUACCACCGACCGUGUUAUGACGGUCUCAUUCCAUAAAUACGGAGAAUAUUUCCCCGGGACCGGUGAACUGCGCGAUAUCGGUGUCGGCGCGGGAAAAUAUUAUGCUGUCAAUUUCCCCCUCAGAGAUGGCAUAGAUGAUGUUUCUUAUAAAGGCAUCUUUGAACCGGUUAUCAAGCAUGUUAUGGAAUGGUACCGUCCAGAGGCUGUCGUCCUUCAAUGCGGUGGUGAUAGUUUGUCUGGCGACCGUCUGGGAUGCUUUAACUUGAGUAUGCGCGGUCAUGCAAACUGCGUUAAAUACGUCAAAAGCUUUAACCUCCCGACACUAAUCCUGGGAGGAGGAGGCUACACAAUGAGAAAUGUUGCUCGAACGUGGGCAUAUGAAACUGGUGUGCUUGUUGGAAAUCAGCUUCCAACAGAGCUUCCAUAUAACGACUAUUAUGAAUACUUUUCUCCUGAUUAUGAAUUGGACGUCCGCCCCUCAAACAUGGAUAACGCCAACUCUAAGGAGUACCUGGAGAAGAUUCGAAUGCAAGUCGUUGAAAACUUACGGCGUACCACGUUCGCUCCGUCAGUUCAAAUGACGGAUGUCCCAAGGGACCCACUUGUCGACGGCAUGGAUGACGAAGCCGAUGCUAUUCUUGACGAUCUUGAUGAAGACGAGAACAAGGAUAAAAGAUAUACAAAACGACGGUUUGAUAAUUACGUCGAAAAAGAUGGCGAGCUAAGUGAGAGUGAGGACGAAGAAUCUGCGGCCGCCAACGGUGUCCGCCGUCAGCCUAACAGAGAAAGGAGACGAGGAAAUAUCAAUUACCGUCACCUUGAUGGUGACUCGAUUAUAGACAGUGGGAUUGUCACUCCUCGAGAUGAAUCAUCCAUGCCUGAGGAAGAGCCUGAGCAGGCGGAUAAGAUGGACGAAGGAGAAAAUACAGAAGCCCCCGCCAAACCCUCCCCUCCCGCUAUUGAACCCUCUACGAAACCAGAUACACAAAUGGCGGAUGAUGAGGCUCCAGUCGCUGACACCAAUGGCACCGCCCCAGAGGCCGAGGAAAAAGAGCCUGCUGUCUCCACACCUGCUUCAAACUUGGAAGUCCCUCAAGAGAAUAUUGACGGGGACACAACAAUGGAAGACGCGGAUGUGAACAUGGACGAAACUCUAGAGCUAGAACCCCCUGCUGAAGAACAGGAUGAAGCGCCUGUUACCAAGUCUCCUGCACGGGAGACGACACCCCCAAAAUCUCCAGCCCCCGAAGAAACCAAGCCCAGUGUCCCGGAGCCAGAAAGCAUUGCUACGGAGCCUACACAGACAGCUGAUACCACGGAAGCCAAAGAAUCAAAGCCUGAUACCGAUGCGGCUAAUGAGACUCCAAAAGAGAAAUAG